AUGACUCCCCUGUCCCUCAAAGCACUCGGUGGCGCUGCAGCCGUAUACCUGUUGGGCCAGCAGGUUCAGUGCCCAUUCCUCGCCAUUCCUCUUAUCGCUGAUGCUGUUGCCAUGACUGUCGCCCAAGUAGGCUCGGCUGCAGCGUCUUUUGGUGGUGCCAUUGCUGCCGCACACUUUGCCCGGGAUCUCGAGGGACGUGAUACUCAGAUCAAUGCCCCCGCUGGAGUGCCUCAGUACAACUUCGAUAUGUGCGCCGAGAGCCUGAAUGACCCUGCUGUCACUGUGACCGUUACCGGCCCUGUUGAGAACAACGGUAUCCAAAUUGACGGCCUGCCUUCUACCUGCAUGGUUCUUGCCAAUGUCAUCGAUGGCGAUGCGGUCAAUGGUCCGGUGCCGACUCCCUGUGGCUCUGCAUGCCUUCUGUAUAACAACCUGAACGCGGAUCAGUAUGGACAGAUGCAGUCCGUUUUCAACGAUUUGAAGAAUCUAUAA